UGUUCCUGCAUUGCGCGCAUGCAGUAAACUAUACACUCUCUGCCGUCCCAACUUUGCCAAUUGACGAGCGUUAUCAUCGAGGCGAGUGUCGCGCGGGGGAGGAGAAAAUUCCCUUGUGGCGCGAGCAAAGUGAAAUAUGUUAAUUGGUGUCCAAUUAGUGAGAUACUCUACUGAUCAAUGAUCGCGAUAAACGGGAAUAAUUGAGAAAUAUAGUGCAUUUUCCAACUAUCGGAGGUGCGAGAAAAACUCUCAAGUCUUAAGAACAUUGUCGCACAUCCGCGCUGAGCGUAAUAUUCCAAGAGACGAAAUUGUGUCAUGUGCAACUGUGGAGACAUUGAAAGAAAGCUAGAGCGAGAGACAUAUCGCAAAUUACAAUUACAAAUUCCACAUUUUUUCCGCAAUCAUGAAUGAUUGUGAUAAAUGAAGCGUAGAAGUGCAACUGGUCGAACUGAUAUCUCUUUGGCUUGCAAGAUAAGAUUUUUCGUGGUGUCUGAAAACAUUUUUCUCUCCACUCAUUCUUAUUCCUGCUUCGCCAUCUAGCAAAUACACUUUUUUUUCCUCCUCCUAUGCUUGUGGCGUAUCUCUAAGUCCACCUACGUGAUCGUGUUGUCUAAAGAGUUUCGCAGAAUAUCACUUGACAUACAAAGCAAAUUAAUACCAUAUAAAGGCUAGCCAGUGUGUACAAUCGUAAUUCGUACUUAGCAGUGAUUUCUCGGUGUCUGAGUGAAUGAAUUUCCUUCUACACAUCUGAUUGCCUUAUCAAUCGUCGGUGAUCGUGGUCGUCCAGAUGUGGAUGAUCAAGUGAUUCCACCUUGCCAACCAGCACCCGCGCACUCUAUAUGGAUACAGUAGGCGAUCAAAUUGUGCCGUCGUCAAAUUUGUGGGUAAUGCAGUCACCAGAACUAGAGUAUCGGCAUGAGCUGAUGGGCCGACUUCACAAAUUGGACACAGACAUUGAACUCGAGGUUGUGCAGCACCACCAGAUCGGCGACUCGCCGGACGCGGGCGGAUCCAGUGUGUUGAGCGGAAGUGCUUUCGGCGGCCACCAUCAGAUAUACGAGAGCUAUGGCAGGGACUUCAUCUUCGGCUCGAAGGGCAAGGAGCUGCUCUGCAAUGACGUGGACGAUUCCUUCCUGCGGCCGCCGCUGUGGGAGGACAUCACGAGCUCCAUCCAGAACAUCGACCCCGAGAACGCCAUCAUGCUGGGAACGAUAGCCGGGGCGACACAAGUAAAAUUGGAGGCGGCAGAUGAUCAUCUGCUAGAGCCUCUGGCUUCUCCUCUCCUGAGUCCGUUGGAGAUAAAAACCGAAAAAUCCCACCCACAACAAAACCUCUCGAGUUCAGUUCUGCACCAGCCGCCGUCUGGCCAUCAUGGCCAGAACGGCGGCGGAGUGUAUCACAUUCCGCCCUCGAGUUAUCCACCGCUUCAGCAUCCGCACCAGUCGCACGGGCUCCAGGGGCCCCUGAACGGCUACCUGGGCGCCACGACGAACGGCAAUCAUCCGCACAACGGCGGCCACGUGCACAUGCCAAACUCCAGCCAAGGCAACUACUACAGUUGGCAGCAGAAUCACCCCCAUAACUACCACAGUAAAAUGUCGCCGCAGAACUCAAACUUCUGCGCGCCGAUCUCUCGGCUCAUGUACGUCCCGCCGCUCACCCCGCCCAGCUCAGAUCCCGGAAGUCCGGGGAACUCCCUGCAAGGACCCCCGCGACGAACGCCUCCGCCGCCGUACCUGCAGCAGCCGCAGUCCGCGCCGCCCGCGCUCUCAGUGCCGCUGUCGCAGGCCUGCAACGCAUCCCUGCCGCCGUCCGUGCACGUCUCCAGCGGAAACCACCACGCGACGACGCCGAACGGAGUCCCGGGCGGCGGGAGCGGCAGUCUAUCGAGCCACAGGAACUCCUCGUCGUCGGCCCUGGUGCUGCAGGGGGCACAAGUGAAGAUCGUCGGCAAGUACAACCGGCGGAACAAUCCAGAGCUGGAGAAGCGGCGGAUACAUCACUGUGAUUUUCUCGGAUGCACAAAAGUUUACACGAAAAGUUCGCACCUCAAAGCCCAUCAGCGGAUUCAUACUGGUGAAAAGCCGUACACGUGUCAGUGGCCAGAGUGCGAAUGGAGGUUCGCGCGAUCGGACGAGCUCACCCGCCACUACCGGAAGCACACGGGGGCCAAGCCGUUCAAGUGUGUGGUCUGCGAGAGGAGCUUCGCCAGGAGCGACCACUUGGCGCUCCACAUGAAGCGGCAUCUGCCGAAGAGCAAGUAGAGAGGACACCAGGCGUCUCCACCGACAAUUUACUACCGACUUUUAUGCAUAAUGACAAAAAAGUAAUUUUAACAAUCUUCACAGCCUCUCUCAAUAAUGGUAAUUUCCUCUGUUUUGUCUCUCUGUCUAUUAAUUUUAAUUGCUAAAUACCUCCACGAGCCUCGACCUUAAAAUGGGACACAGUCGCUCUCCAAGAUGCGGUGUGACAAUUUUCGCCACAAGAAGCACACCUUAUCAUCAGCAAUCAAGUACAAAUUUUGUUGUUUGCUUCUCACAGCCAACUAAUCUUGCAAAAGAGAAGAAAUCCAUUUUGCUGUCCUAUGACUGAAAGUCACUCCAAAUCCGGACAAAUCCGCGUGCGGAAUUGUUCUCUGGAAUAUCACGAAAUUAUAUCUUUCUAUUUUCCCAUUGACGCCUUUUAUUAGGUAGUAUUUCUCACCUGCUACCCGUGCAAAUUCUCUUUAGAGGCAAUUUUACAAUCUGAGAAGUCUUUUUUUCACUUUCAUACCUUUGCUGCACAUUUAUUGCACACUGUGGAAUGCAAAGUGCAACGUGACCAUUAAAAAUUCUUCUCUUUUUGUAUAUGUGUGUGUGUGUGUGGAGAAAAGAAAAACCUCUUCAUAAACCCAAGUGUCUUCUCUUUACUCCUUAGCAAGCGCCUAACAAUCAUUUUAUUGUCAAUGGUUUAUUGAAUUUACACAGUGCGAAUCUAUUUUACACAUUUAUCACUUUUUGCCUCCUUUUUCCCACCUUCGUCUCGCUCCUUGUUCUCCUCCCGCCCAUCAAGAACUAACUGUUAACUGUGUUACAUAAAUUAAUAAGCCCAAUGCGAGAGCAUUGAAAAGACAGCAAGUUACUUAAAUGCGUGUACACACCAAAGAGAUUGCCAAUACGGCGAUCAAUGAUGAUGGUGAAGAAGGUUGGACAAUUUCCUCAUAUUUCUGCACUUGUCGUGCAGUUCUGUCCCUGUUUUCAUUGUACAAUUCUCUAUUGUUUGAAUCUUUCAUGCUUCCCACUUUGGAUCGUCCCGACAAAAUUACUCAAGUCUCGAGCGAUGCUCAUCUCAAAUGCCCUCAAGCAAACUUAUCUAGCAAUAGUCUCAAUGUCAAAACCCCUCAAAAGCCAACCUAUAAGUAAUUUACUAAUUAAAAUAAAUUGCAUGUGAGCACAGUUGUGAGUGAAGUCUUUUCCGGCAAAGCCACAAAUAUACGCAUUAGAAGAUGAAGUAGAAGAAAGAAAGAAAAAAAUCAAAAUAUCACUGUGACUCGAUGUGUUACCAUUUCUGUUGACUCUCAAUUUUGUAAUUUGUACAAGUGCAAAUUUGCAUAAUUAGUUAAUUAAUUAUUUUCGCACCAAUAAGGCCUCUAUCAAUCAUUGAGCACACUUUACAAACACAUAGUGUACGCUAUUCAGCUGAGAAAGAUUAUAUUUAAAUGCAAAUGUACUGUAUAAUUUGUAUAUAAGCGUUUCAGUGUAGGAAAAGUCCGCGCUUUUCACAUCACAACAAAAAAGUAUGCUAAAGAGCUGAAGGAAAAAAUAAAUGGUUCAGAACUUCAAGGUUAAAAUAAGGAAAUCAAAAGAGAAAAACAAGCUGAAAUUUAUCAAAUGCGACUUGACAUUGUUACACUGAAUGUUUCAACUCGAAAAGAAGGAGUUUUUUCAAUAUUAUUUUACGUGUGACUUAGAAUGUAAUAUCUCUACUUUAUUGAUAAUAUAUUAUUUUGUACAUAUGUAGAAAAUCGUGUUCUUAGAUGCCAUUAAGAUAUUGUAACUUAAAUAUCUCUCCUUUUUCCUCUCCUUUUAGAAGAGAAGCCCAUUUUUCUAAAGUGCUAAGCAGUUAAAACUAUACGCAAAGAACAAUAUUCCUUUUAAUACUGUAUGUUUAAUGUAAUUAGGUAUCUCUUAAUUCUUAUAUAUGAAAGUAUUACAUAUUUUCAUUGUAUGUCCAUCUAAGUGUAAUUAUGUAUCUCAAUUUUUCGUGGUAAUAGAAUUUUAUUAAUGUGUGUAAAUGCAAGAUUUUUUUCUUUGCCAUAAAAUAUUUUUUCGAUUUAUAGACAUUUCUUUCAAUAGUGCAAAAUGAUCAUUUGUAUCAUCCCAGAAUCAUUCUUAAUAAGUAUCUGUGUUAGAUGGUAAAAAAAAGUAAUGUAAUUGAAACAAUUUGCAACCCAAAAAUCUGUGAAAACUUCUCAAAAUCUAUACUUUGUGCAUUCCGCCGUGAGUGACAUAAUAGUGUAUUCCCAGAGUUUAUUAAUCAAUAGAUAUUGAUGUCUACUGAAUUUAGAAGAGAAGAGAAAGAAAAGUGAGUAAAAUAAAGUAAAAUUA